AACUUGGUCGCUCCUGUAAGAUUCUUUCUUAGGAAAGAUAUAUCUUUACAGAUGGAGUUCAGUUCGGAAAAUUUUUGUGGACGCUGUUUUCUAGGGAAAUAAAUGGUGGUCUGACGUUGUGUAUGAAUGCUUAGGAUUAUGGAUCGGCCGUACGGAUGGACACGAAUGAUAGUUUGCGAUCGGCGAGUUUAUGGCAUUCGAUGCAUGCGAUUUCUCAGCAUUAUCGCCGACUAUGGGUUGCUCAGGGAUCGAACUCCUUGAAGCGGAUGCAUUCGAUCUCCGUUGCUUCCAAUCACUCACUUGCGUUUCACGCAUAAUCAACGGUUCAGAUAUGUCGGCAACUUUCUACACCCACGAUAUGCGACACACCAGAUCCCUCACUCUCGCGAAGCUUCAUUCAGGGGUAAAUUUGGUGUUUCAGAAAAAGGCCACCGCUUCACCGCCGCUCCCUAUCCUCACCGACCAGGCGUGUAAACCCCAUACACGAAAGCCGCCGCUUGUCGUGCCACGAGGCAUGUGACUGCCACGCGUCGAAAAAGAACACGUCUGUCAUUUUUUAUUGUUCCAUUUUCGGAACAGGUGAAGUGGGGGCCAGUGGUAGUUAUUUGUGUGAAGAUUGAAGGCGUCAGAAGGAGCCUGUACGUGGCAGAAUCCCAUGCAGAGGACGGUGAUUUGCCACGUGUAAAGAUCCCACAUGUCUGGAAAGAUCUUAUAGUUAUGUUAGUUGCCCUAAAGUGUGGAAUAAGUGUGGAUUAAGUGUAAUGGAUAAUGUAUAAAUAAUGAUUUCUUUUGGACCAUAGACUAAACAGUGGAAAGUCGAUUACUUGUGAA